CUAAGCGCCAGUUACAACUCAUUUGUUUAUCUCAAUUGUUGAUGUAAUGUGCCAUAUAUGUUUUCAAUGUAGUAGUGUAACAACGAGACAUGUCUUUGGAGUGAAUGAAAUGAGUUAAUCUAAUUUGAAACGACAGUUGAGCUCUCAGCCAUCGAGAACGGUUUGCAAGUUUCCAUUUUAUGAAUCUCCAAAAGAUUUGUAAUCAAACUCACAGGGCAGUUCCAGAGUGAAAGACCAUGGGUAGGCUGGAUGAUGCUGCCAAACACAAAGUGGUGGAGCUGCGGAAGGCUGGUCUUAGUUUCCGUAAGAUCAAAGCUGUGCUGGAGCUGGAGAACAUCAAGGUGUCUGCUCAAGCCAUCUACCUGUAUCUAAGGGAGUUACAGGGGAGGCCACCAGGAAGAGUCAAACCAGUGGAGACUGCAGCCAGCACAUUGGCAACACAGGUGCAGGCUCGAACUGGGACAUUUCGGGAAAACUGGAGCAAUAUUCAUCUCCAAAACCUAAUACGGGAAGCGUCUCAAAAUGCUGGCUUUGCAGCUUCUACAGACUUUGCCAAACAGAGUUCUACAAAUACAGAGACUAGUGGAAAUUCAUCCAGGUCUGGGGAUACCAGUGGAGGCAGCAGGCCAAAACAGCAACAAGAAGGGAAUAAGGAAGAAAAUGACAUCCAGAUUGUUAGUGUCACAUCUCUUGCUCAGCAUGGCCAGCAAAGAGUUCCCCAGUCCACUGUAUCAAGGGUAGAAGCAGGUGCUAUGUCUUCCACAUUUACAGCUUCUGGAGCAUUAACAAGGAGGAGAGUCACACCUUCUCCUGCAACCAGUUCAAUGUUGGCAGCUCGAAAGAGACUUUUGGACAAAGCAUUGUCACACAGGCCGAAGUCAUUCCACCAGGUGGCAUCAUUAUUAAGGAGAGAUCAGUCAGGCAUUCAAAGUUCUGAUUUGAGGAGCGCUCUAGCACAACCACGUCAAACCUAUGAUCUGACUACAGAAAAGACUGUUAUCGAAGGUCAGCCUGCAGAUAAUGGCUCCUCACAGCAGCACUUCCCCACACAGAGACCAGGACUGAGUGCCCGUUCCCUCCACUCUCUCCCUCGUAUUGGGAUUCGUCUUCCUAACCGCCCACUCCCACCUUUGACAUCCUCAGCUCCUGGGGCUGCUGUUAUUCGUCUACAGAACCCUGGGGGCCAGGGUACCUCUCGUAAUGAGAGGAAUCCAAGCCCGCAGCAGGCAGUCCAGGACUCCGGAGGUAGGGGUGGUUUGCAGGACCAGAUUCAGACCCUGGGCUCUGAAGUGCGUAGCCUGGGCCUGGCUGUGAAAAUGCUUGUGGAGCAGCAGUGCCGUUUGGAAAGGGAGCAGUCGCAGCAGACCCAAAUUCAGAAGCAGAUCCUCAGCACUCUGCAAACCCUUGCUUCCAAAAUGAUACGUUGUAACAGUGCUCAGCAGCAGAAAAACAAAACGCCAUCACCUUCUUCUUUGCCAGCAGCCUCUGCCUCUACCUCAUUUAGCCAAGACACCUUUAAUUUUAGCCAAAGCACAUACAGUCAGUGUAGCCAAAGCCAACCAAACUUUAACUCUUUAGAAAAUUUAGACAAUUUGGAGACCUUUAAACUGCCAGGACUGAGCUCUGCAAGCAUGAAUGGGUUUCCAACAUGUAGCAGUCCAGAGAGCCUUCCUCUUACCCACACCCCCCCUCAUACACAACCGUAUACAGCUGCAUACCCACAGCAAACCAGUCAAACAUUAAUGCCCCCUUUUACACCGUCAUACGUAUCUACAUACAGCCAGUCUCAUGCUCAGACUUUCGGAACAUCAGAGAAUAAAACCUCUGAUUUCUCGGGCAGCUGUUCGGCAAGCACCUUCCAAGACUGCAAUGUUUCCACUCAGCAGGUGAGCCACCCGUCACAGGAUCAGCAGGUCAAUACUAUCAAAGUGGAAGGUCCUUAAGGGGCUUAAGAUUCCUCAAUGUUUGGGGAAUAUGAGGGCUCAACUGUGCUUUUUAUAGUGACUGUAGCUUUGUCAUUUGACACGCAUUUUUAUUAUUAAAAAUGUAUGAUUUAACAAUGUAGCCUUUUUUAAUUUAUCUAAUUUCAAAAGUGAUUUUCAGACUAUACAUAUAAAGCAAUAUAAUAAACAGAUUAUAAUAAAUCCAUAAUGUUAAAUUUUUAUUUUUUAAUAGACACGCAUUGUUUUUUGUGAAAAGUUACUUUUGUGUCAGUUUAUUUUAUAUUACUAGGGCAUGCAAUGCAAAUAGUUCAUUUUCAUAUUUGUCUACUAACCAACUAAGAAAAAGAAACAAUAGUAAAGAAGCUGAUUGUGAUCCAAAGUUUUUUUGUUUCAAAGUAUUUUCAUGUUUUUAUGUUCUUUUCCAAAACCAUGGUGGCUUUGGGAAUGAGAAAAAGUAGCUUGGAGAGCAGUGUGGGGCAUUUGUGCUUAGACAGAAAUUAGUUGCAAAGGCCAAACCUAUAAAUUCCUACAUAUUCCCUGUGAGGAUUUUCGUAAUACCACUCAACCAUCCUCUUUUGCAGUGGAUCAUUUUUAAGCAUAAGAGAUUCUGUGCUUACAUGAUUUUAUUUGAUAGUGUUCUGAAAUAUGUGUGUUAGAGGCACAUCCACACCAAGUACAGCUGGAGCAUGUCUCUUUAGAUCAGUUAGCCCUGUUAUCUUGCCAAUGCUCUGAAGGGAACACUGUCUGUUUGGCUGUGGAGUUAAAAAAAAAAAAAAAUCAGUAGUCUUCUUGGGAUGAUAUACUCCCAACUUUUAGUCUGAACU